CUCUCGUCAUCUUGGACCCGACAUCGGUCAUCGAAUCUCUCGGGUGUCUCCCGCGUGGGCCCACGGAUGCCGCUGCUGUUGACUGGCUUUCGCUAAGCCGAGAUAUACGAAGCGAUGCGCGACAACGUCGAGCUUCAACCGCUGCAGAAUGCGAACGUGGCCGAGGGCGACACCGUCGAGGAUGUCGAAAGCAAGCACGACGCCGUCCCCGAGCAGGAGCAACGGCUGCAUGUAACGGAGGAGCAGAACCGCGUUAUCCUGCGCAAGACUGAUAAGCACAUCCUCAUCACCCUCAUGGUCGUGUACUUCAUGCAGGCGCUCGACAAAACCAACCUCGGCAUCAUGAAUCUCUUAGGCUUGUCCCAGGACCUGAGACUGCAGGGAACGCAGUACUCGCUGGUAAGCAGCGUGAUCCCGUUCGCGCAGAUUGCAUGGCAGCCAUUCAGCUCGUACCUUGUCGUGCGGGUCGACACGCGCAUUCUCAUGACGACACUCAUCGUGCUUUGGGGCACAAUGGAGACGGUGCUGUGCGCCGCGAACUCAUACGCAUCCAUUAUGGCGAUACGGUUCUUCCUCGGCCUCUUCGAGGCCGGUUGCCUCCCUCUCUUCAGCAUCCUCACUGCCCAGUGGUACCGCCGAUCCGAGCAGCCGCUGCGCGUCGCGCUGUGGUAUGGCACGAACGGGUUGUCGUCCAUCAUGGCCGCCGUGUUUGGGUACGGGUUCGCGCACAUGGCCGACGGCGGGCCGCUGUUCAAAUGGCAGGGCCUGGCGAUCCUUUGCGGCGGCCUUACGCUACUUUCCGCCCCGCUCGCGUGGUACCGGAUCGACUCGACAGUCGACAAGGCCCGCUUCCUCUCGCCCGAGGAAAAGGCGCUCGCCAAAGAACGCUUGCGCGCUAAUCAGACCGGCGUUGGCUCGAACGAGUACAAGUGGGUCCAGCUGUGGGAGGUCGCGUGCGACCCCAAGUCGUACCUCUUUGUCGGGAUUGCGAUCCUUAUUAACGCUGGGGCGGCUAUCACGUCCGCUUUUGGCCCGACGCUCAUCAACAACAUGGGGUUCGACAAGUACAUUUCAAACCUCCUCAACAUCCCGUUCGGCGCACUCCAGCUCAUCCUUAUCGUUGGCGCGAGCUGGAUUGCGCAGCGUUACGCGAACAAGGCCAUUCCCCUUGCCGUCCUCCAGAUCCCGUGUCUUGUGGGGUCCAUCCUCCUUUACACCGAGGGUACGAGCGGCAAUUUCCGCCAAGGCAUCGGCCUGUUCGGAUACUACCUCCUCGCGAGCGUGUUUGGGUGCAACCCGCUUCUCAUCGCGUGGCUCAUGGCCAACACGGGCGGGCAGACGAAGAAGUCGGCGUUGCUCGCGCUGUAUCAGUGCGGCGCGGCGGCAGGAAACGUUCUCGGGCCUAUGCUCUUUAACGCCAAAGAUGCGCCCUACUAUAUUCCAGGCUUGCGAGGGUGCAUGGGCAUCUUUGCCGCGCAGCUCGUGUGCGUCGGCGCGACAUUUGUCGUCCUCGUCCUCCUCAACCGCCAGCGUCGGCGGCAGCGCAUCGCGGCCGGCAAGCCAGAGUUUAUUCGCGACACGUCCAUGGCCCAACAGUACGAGGACUACGCGGACGACGGCGUGCUUGGAAAGAAGGCGCUGGGCGACCUUACGGAUUUCAAGAACGACGAGUUUGUUUACGUGUAUUGAGUAUGAAGGGCGGAUGCGAGAGGAGAAUGGUCGGCAAACGCGGGGUUCAUCGGCCUCCUUCAGCUCCUGGUUAUGU